UAGGAUUAAUUAAUUAUAAAAAGAAUCAUUCAACUAACUCACUUUUAUAUUAUAAAAUAUCAUUAAAACAUUAUUUAACUUAUCUCGCAGAAGAUGAUUCUAAUCUUUUACCAAUAUAUCUUAAUAUUGGUAUUCUUGAAAAGAAACAAAAGAAUUAUUAUGAAUCCAUAAAAUAUUUCAAGUGUGCAUUAAAUAUUGCAGUUUCUUGUUCACCCAUUGAUCAUUUACAAAUAGCUAGAAUUUAUCAUCAUAUUGCUGAAAUUUACGAAGAUCAAAAGCUAUUUGUUGAUGCUAUUCAAUAUUAUCAAUUAGCAUUAGAAAAUGAACUAAAUCAUUACCCAUUUUAUCAUUUAUCAAUAGCAAAUACUUAUACUAAAAUAGGUGAAAUAUUUUGUCAAACAGAAGAUUAUACAAGAUCAUUAUCUUAUUUUGAUAAAGUAUUAAAGAUUCAAAAGAAAAUUCUGUCACCAAAUCAUUCAUUAUUAGCAAUAACAAAUUAUAAUAUAGCUAAAGCAUUAGCUGGUUUAUGUGAAUAUAAAAAAUCGAUUGAAUAUGCAUCACAAGCUGUUAAUAUUGCUCGACAUACAUUUGGAUCUAAUCAUGAAAAUGUGCAGUUAUAUGAAAAUUAUGUGAAGAAACUACGAAGAAGAACAUUGAUUAAUGUUGUACCAAAUGGUGCUGUUUAUGAAUAA